AACUAAAAAAUAUUGUUAUUGUUAAUCUCUCCUAAAGUAGUAAAGUCUAUUGUCGAAGUUUGUUAUAUAUGCUCCUCCAAAAUUUGCCAAAGCUUUGGAAAACAAAAUAUUGACAUUGACAUGAAUCGUUGAUUUCGGUCAAAAUAAGGUUUAAGUAGAAAGUAGUUUCCUCCAAAUUAUUCUUAAACCCGGGUAAUUAUACGGUUUCUCAAUAUAUUGGACUUUAGUUUUCUUUAACACCUAUAUAUAGCGUUAUAAUCUAAACAUUAAACUGCCAUUAAUUAUUGUUACUAUUUUAAUGUGCUACCAUUCAACUAUUUAAGGAAUCUCAUCCAUAGACAAUUAUUAACGUUUUUAACUUUCAAUUUAACUAUAAAUAAAAUCUUUGAAACACAAAAAAAUAAAAAUAAGAUAUACGUUUAAUUUGUUUCUCAAUAUGGCCACGAUGCUAAAAAAACACAUAAAUUUUGUUUCAUUGUUAUUAUUAGUGCUCUUUGCAUUCCUAAAAUCAAAUGCAAUGCCAAUCAAAGACGUAUACAGUCUUUGCAAGGAAUCGUCUGAAGUAGAUUUCUGCCUGAAAUACAUUGGGUCGGACAAACGUAUAGUAGCCGCACGCGACUUCUAUGACGUAUUUUUAAUCGCGAUAUCUAGGACCCAAAUUAUAGUGGACACUGGACUCUUGGUUAUCAGCGGUGAAGAUACCCGUAAAAUUUAUAAUGGACCAUUUGAGAAGAAUUUGGUCGUUGUAUGUGAGAAAAAAUACAAGAUCGCGGUCAAUAGUUUUCAGAAGGCUCGAGUAGUUGGAGAGAAAAAGUCAAAGUCAUUAGCGGACCGUACCGAAAUGUCCCAACGCACGGAAGCUGGCUUUGAGGCUGUGCUUGAUUGCGAAGACGCAUGGACAUAUGAUCAGGAACGUCCACGAGUGUCUCCUGUUGUUUACUAUUACCAUAAAGUUCGAAAACUAAUUAAAAUCACUCGUGUUAUUAUCAAAAGGCUUAACGCCUAGCUAGUUGUAUUGUCACUUGGUAUAUUAUUUGUUUAGGUUAAAUGAAUAAGACUUUUUUUGAAGUUUUUGAUAAUUCUCAUCAUAAAUGCAUGCAAAACAUGACGUUUUAAACUUUCGACGCAAUUAUGGGAUACAUGACCUGAAUGAGAUUUGCAAGUCGGGAGAUCUAAAGAGACUAAACUUGUAUAUUUGAACUAGGUGGAAAUAUAUACAUGACAAUUGACAACUUAUUUCUAUAAAUUGUAUAUUGCACAAUGCCAUCCAUUUUAUAAAUCUAAUUAAUAUUGUCAAUGUUAUUUCCAUAAUUUUUUAUUACCCAC